AUGACGAAUCUCAUUGAAAAUAACCGAGAAAGCGUGCCCACACACAAAAGAAAAUUGGUGGCCAUACUAUUACUAGUCGGCGGUGAUGGGCCCUCCUUAAAGGAAUACGAGUGUAGGAAUGGUAUGGAAAUGUAUGAAAACCCUAUGUGGGUUGGACCUAAGGAGACCACUAUGUGGGUCGGACCUACGGAAGCCGUAUGUGGGUCGGACCUACGGGAACCCUAUGUGG